GAUUCAUCUCUCGACAAACACCUCCUGCCGACCAACCAUCAGCACAAUUCCCAUAGAAGGCAUCAAAACGCAAGAGAACCCAAUAAAUACCUCUCAAAAACCAACUCUGAGCCGCACACCGCAUCCGUACGAUUCCAACGCUUCUGUUCUGGCCGAGGAACAAGCCUCGCCUGCCCAUCCGUGCCGAAGCGAGAGAGAACGCGCCGACAAGAUGGAAGCUGCUGUCUUCAAAGCCCUUCAGGAAGCCUUCAGCCCCAACAAUGGCCUGGAUUGGACAUACGAAAUACACGAACUAGUCAUCGUUGAUUCAUCUGGUCGAGAAUCAACUAUCCCAGCGAGGGUCGUUGAAUAUCUGCUCCACGCUCGGCGCCUGGGUUUCGUGCGCAGACCGGUUAAGAAUCAGCGCCGCUCGAAGAGAUUAUGAAGAAAAUGUCUCAGGGGCGCUCAAAUGCGUCCAGCUUCCGACGCCAAGUCCGGACAAGGCAUGCAAUCGCCCCUCGUCAGGAGUGACCUACCUUAGCAGAGUCUAAAGAACCGGAAGAAAAAGAAGAAGGAGAAGAAGAAGAAGGCGUGAGCCGGUAAAAUCUGGAGAACCGACAUGGUUGAGAGAGAUUGGGUGAGGAUGGAAGUUUGGGUUUGGUCCGGGCCGGCCAUGGCCUCGGCCACGGGCGGGGGGGACGGCGGAAAGUUCGGCCAACACACCCGAACCGAGUAUUUCAGCAUUAUUUCAACAGCUAUCUAUGUUGGCCUUUAUUUUCCAAGAGGCAAGGAGAAAGCGGAAUGAGGCUGUGAAAUAUUGUGUAACACCUGGAAGUAUGAAUUUAGCAGUGUCGAAGGCGCCAAGAGGUCCAAUCAAUUCGGUCGUUGAUUCUGAAGGGGAAAGUAGUGGGUCGGUCCACUAUUUUGGAUUUUAUCGCCGAGAAUGAGAAAUCAGAAGAGCGGAGGAGCGGCUGGGGAAGAACACAGGAGGCAGGGUCAAGGGGCGGAUGAUCGCGAGAUGGAUGAGGGGGAUGAAAAGAAAGGCGGCGGAAACAGGGUUGGGGAGCGAACGAUGGGCAAGGUAUGAACAUGUGGGGGGGUAUGAAGCUGGGAUGAGAUUGCGAUCGCUGGUGGCGGCGAGGUGUCGUAUCGUCUCGUCGUGGCGAACGGCGAAGCUGAUAGAGUAGACGUUACCGGCGUUUGGGGUUUUUUUUUUUGGUGGCAGUGGAGAGGGUCGUUUUUUGAUCGUUUCCGAUGGAACAUAACAGUUUUUCUUUCCUCUUUCAUGCCACUGAGCUCAUGGAUACGGUGGUGAGAGCAGUGGAAAAGGUAGUCGGCCGACCCUCUUGGCCGGGUGGUGGGGAGGAAUGCCAAACACGAAGAGCGAGAGGCUCUCAAAAAUCUUUCAAGAUAUUUCAGGAACGCCUCUAUCACAAUCACUCAUUAUACGUUGUAUCUACAAUGCGAAUCGAGUGUGGUGUUUCCAGCGAUCUUGAGCUAUAUAUAAUUCAUCACUCGGUCCACGUACGCGCUGGACUCUAUGCCAGUGAUGUAACGAAGCCAGGGAAUUUACUCCGUGCCACUUUCCUCCAUUUCAUCGCGGUAGUUCGAGAUGCGCCUUAAGAUGUCGCUGGCCAUCUCCUUGUCGUCGCCCUUGAUCAUGAUGCAAUGCAACUGGGCUCAUUUCUGCUGGUACCCAUUAGGUUCCGUCUGGCGAGACCCAGGUAUGACACAAGUACAAGUAGGAGUACCGGCACUGCACUCGGGUAUGGUACCGUUCUCCCCCAAUCGAAAAUCCCUAAACAUUACCCACUCAUACAACACAAGUAUGAUACCGUACUUCCUACAUAUAAAAAUAGAUCCGCCAAAAAUACUUCUUCCAUCCCUACCCCUGCUGGCCCAGAAUGCAUCAGAACUCGCAAAGUGCACUCUUUCAGCUACAAAAUGCAUGCCAUACAACCAGUCAAAUUUGGUAGAUCUCCCCAAACACACAACUAAUCUUGGGUUAACAAGAUCUGAGCCUGUGUACCAGGAGAUAAUUCGAUCUUCCUAUUCCUUUUUUGUUCAGGGCUGCGCCGGGCUCCAUGGGACCUUUUGUCCCGAAACGGAGAUUAGAACCCUUCACGGAGAUACUCAAUAUGACGAUAAAAUGGGGCAAUUGCGCUCGAAUAUCAAAGCACCGCUAAUCCUUUUCUGACGUUUUCCCCCCUCCACCAACACGGCAUCGAUCGCUCAGCCCCCGCUUCGGUGGAUACGUGCAUCUGGCGCUCGUGGGGUUCGGCGAGUUACAAUAGUGCCAGGUGCACGAAACGGCCCCCCCUUCCCGGCCGGAAACUACCGAAUGGUUAUCAUAUACUCGGAAUG